AAUGGAAUGGAAACAAGCCACUUACCAAAGGCUUUAUGAUCCGAUAGCACACACAUUCCCCUCUUUAGGUCAGCCAACUAUAGAGCUUUUCGUCUAAUUUCAGGAGGAUUAAGAUCAGUACAUUGGUCACGGCGAGAUGGAUGGUUCAUUUCAUUCACCAGAAUGGCAUGCAGCUCGUUUGGCCAGUCUCAAGACUACACACACUCUUACUUGGGAAGAAUAUAAGCAGAAGCAAAAGGAAGAAGAAUUGAAAAAGCAAGAAGUCGAAGCAGAUACCGAUAAAUUGAUGCGUGAGUAUAGAGCUCAGCUAGAUGCUGAAAGGGCAAUGAAGCUCUCUAAGGGAAGGAACUAUUCUAGUGACAUAUCCAGGAAAGAUAGGAAGGAGAGAGAGCUCACAGAUAGAAAGUGCAGAGAUUCCAAGAGGAAGAAAAGCAAAAAGAGAAAGCAUUCGAAAAGGCGAUCAUCAGACUCAAGCUCAUCUUCUGAAUCUUCAAGUAGUGACAAAGACGAAUCUAGGAAGUCAAGGUCAAGUUCUAAGAGGCCAAAGAGGGAGAGGAAACACAAGUCUAGAGGCAGACACUCAAAACCAAAGUAAAGAUGAGGCUGAUGGUCCUGCACCACAAUCAAAAUUCUUUGGCAGUCUUAAGAGUUGACACAGUGCAAGACUUGAGAUUGUGUUCAUCAAAUGCUCAAUUUUCACCCCGAGGACAUGAUUUGUACUAUCCUCAUCUCCCUGCAAUAUUUCUCUCCCUGCUGUUUUAUAAAACAAGAAAGCUGACAGUAAUGGCAAGUAUUUUGUAGAGGAAUUGAAGGUGGGCUAUCAUAACAUAACUAUUUCUGAGAC